AGCACCGCCCGCACUCACCCAGUCACUCUCCUCGAGCCCAGCUCAGCUCGACACAGCGCAGCGGCUAGGAGGCCGCGAUGGGCGAGGUGGUGCUCAUGUCCAGCGCCGGCACCGGCUGCGGGGGGGAGAGGAAGGCGGCGGACCACCAGGAGAGGCAGGGGCAGCAGCAGGGGCAGGUGCUGGAGCUGCUGCUCGCCGCGCUGCGCAAGUCGGUGGCGCUGCCGUGCCAGAUGGCGGACGCCGACGACCCGGCCGCCGCGGGGGGCGGCGGGUGGGGGAUGGACAUCGGCUGGCCCACCGACGUCCGCCACGUCGCGCACGUCACCUUCGACCGCCUCCAGGGCUUCCUCGGCCUCCCCGUCGAGUUCGAGCUCCAGAUCCCCUGCCCGGCCCCCAGCGCCAGCGCCAGCGUCUUCGGCGUGUCGCCGGAGUCGAUGCAGUGCGGGUAUGACGACAGGGGGAACUCGGUCCCCAAGAUCCUCCUGCUCAUGCAGGAGAGGCUCUACUCCCAGGAUGGCCUCAAGGCGGAAGGGAUCUUCCGCAUCACUCCGGAGAACAGCCAGGAGGAGCAUGUCAGGGAGCAGCUGAACAGGGGUGUCGUGCCUGACGACAUCGACGUCCACUGCCUCGCUAGCUUGAUUAAGGCCUGGUUCAGGGAACUACCCGAAGGCGUGCUUGAUAGCCUCUCACCGGAGCAAGUCCUGAACUGCAACACCGAGGAACAAUGUGUGGAGCUGGUGAGCCAUAUUCCUGUAACAUAUGCUGCACUUCUCAGCUGGGUUGUAGAGCUCAUGGCUGAUGUUGUCGAAGAAGAGGGGUCAAACAAGAUGAAUGCCCGAAAUAUCGCCAUGGUUUUCGCACCCAAUAUGACACAGAUGUCAGAUCCUCUUACUGCUCUGAUGCAUGCUGUUCAAGUGAUGAACUUGCUCAAGACCCUGGUUCUCAAAACACUGAGAGAACGUGAGGAUGAUGAAGGAUCGUACUCGACAUUUUCGUCAUCACCAACUUUAUCCGAUGGACUUGAUGAGGUGGAUCGUGAUCAAGGUGGUAACAGUGACAGUGGGACUGAGAAAUAUGGCGAUGACAGUAGUGAAAGCUCAAAGAAUGUCGACAAGGCCACCAACCUGACAAUGGACAGUGAACAGCUGAUUGGUUCAUCCAGGAGGCACACCUCAUUUGAGUUCCGUUUGCCUUACACCAUCGACAACGACGACGACGACGAUAAAUAUCCAUCUCUAAGCGAUAUCGAAGAAGGUUUCUUAAGGAGGCUAGAAUGUCAGGAAGUGAGCAAAGGAGGCGGUGAAGACGAGGGAAGCAUCUUCUUUACCUCCACCAAAGAGGCAGAGCAGCUGAGCUCCUGUGAAAGCAUAAGUGAGUCUUGCAGGGUAAGUGAUCAAACAAGUAGCACUGAAGAUGCAGUUGGUACCGACAGCAUUGAGCCGACAAUGCAAAUGGAGACCAGUACCGAAACUACAAGCGAGGAGGCCACAAAUGCCAAAGAAGUGAGCUGAUUAUAUGCUUGGCUCAUUGCAAAGAUGCAGAUUUAUCUUUGGUUGUCAACCUGUCAUCCAUGUAAUGUAACGCAUAGCUGUAACUUCCACGCCUGCGUGCCAUUCAGUCAACACAGGGUUGAGGAGCUUUGUCGCGGUAAUAUUCUGUUGCUGGAGCUGUGUAAUUGAUUACUCGUGUGGUUUAAUUAUGCUGAAAUGCCUAGUUUCUGUA